UCUUCUCCCAAUUUAUUCAUUCCUCCUUUUUUACUUUUCAGCCAAUCUUCACUUCCAUUCAGCGAACAAUGGGAACUUCGUUUGAAGCCACUUUUUCUACAAAACUCACUGCGACUAUCGCUUAACCACAUGGUAGCAUAUAGGAAAUCGCUGACACAGUCAGUCGUAUAUUUGCUGAAAACAUUUUUUUAGAACUAUUCAUAAAGUGCCCUUCUUUGAAUAGUUUCUUAAUUACUUUUCAAGUUUUCAAUCAAAUAACCUUUUUUUUAGCUCAACGCAUCCUUUUAUUUUUGUUGUCCAAAAAGGAAGUAAUUAACUGGCCCUAAAUGAAGAAAUUUACAAGUCCCUAAAUGACGCCAAUACAUUACGCAACAAUGACAGCUUACACGAAGCUCGCUUAAUUGAAUCAAAUUGCGCCAAAGUACAAUUGGGAAUUGAUCAACAAUCUGCCACUUUUUUCGCCCAACUAACUCCUUUUCUUUCAGUAUCAUCGAUGUCUUGAUUUUCUGUUGAGUAAACUCGGCAUUCAAGAGCCAAAUUGAGCUGACAACUUUCAAUACAGCAUUAGUUUUUUCAAUGAAAAUCAUAGAUAAUAUCAAACCAGAAAAUUUAUUUAAGUAGCGCACUCUUUUGCCCCUUAGUUUUGUUUUGACAAAAGUCAGUAAAUCUACAGGAAAAUAAUGCACCGCUUUACAAUACGCUUUAGUCACCGUCAUAUUACGAUGGGUGGCAUAAUCAAAAAGGGCAAGUCCCUUAUCUCUUUGCUAAACCUCCUCCAAUCAGUCUAAAUCUUAUCUCUCUCCUUCAAAAGAUCCCUUUAACUUGCCAUUUACAUUUACAUAAAGUGUCAUCUGACGCGACUGAGGUCAUGGAGGUUUUAAAAACCUUAAUUUGUACACUUGUUAACUUGAAACCUUCAAUAAUUUGUCCUAAAUAAUAACAUAUUGACUUAGCAAAAAUUUUCAAUCAAUGCGCUUCCUUAAUGACUUACAUCUUUCAUAUUGAACUUUAAUAGAUUGUCACGGUAAAGUUUUCUUUAACCUUAUCCAAACAUCUCUCAAUAUCUCUGCCCAUUACUUUGAGCCAUGAGCUUUGACCUCGGCAACACCCUUCGCUCAGUGGUGCUAGUGGUGGUAUGUGUGGCCAUAGUGGCCUGCAUAGCCUUUCUCAUCCGAAGCAGACGACUGGAGAAGACGAACUUCGUGCGCUACUGUAUGGUCCUCGCAGCCUCAGACUUGUCAAUUUCCAUCUGUUUCAUCAGCAACUUCUCCGGACUCGGUGCUGCGUUUAAAAGUGACAUCUACCAGCAGAUAGUUGCUGGCUACAUAAUGGUGUUUGGACUGUUCUCGCUUAAUACCCAGGCGCUAAUUGCCGUAGAGAGGUUCAUGUCUGCCCGUAUUCUAAUUAGAGCAAGACGACCUUACACGACCUCCAAGUUCAUGGCCAUCACCCUGUUCGGAGGAUUUCUUCCCGCUCUCCUCACUACAGCGCUCAUGGUCUCCAUCAUGUAUCCGGAGAACACAUUUGAGAUAGAUGCCCAGACCAUGCACUUCGGCGUCAACUGGAACCCCAAGUCCAUACAGGGAAUAUCGAUGAUCGUGAUGCUGCUGCUGCUCGAGUACCUGACCCCUUUGAUAGUGAUCGGCGGCUGCUACGCAAGUAUUUUGACACUUCACAACAAGCGAGCCGUUUUCUACACUUCUCCACGUAUUUCACGCAGGUAA